AUGGGCGGCCACGUCGAUGCACCGCCUCCUGAAGCCAAACCACGGCAAGGUGGCCCUGAGGUAAGCACGCAGUCGCUGUUUCGGUUGGAUCGCCGAAGCAUAAUCGUCACAGGAGGAAUCGGGGGAAUUGGUACAAAGGCUACGGAGGCUAUAUUGCAAAGUGGCGGGGACGCCGUUAUCCUCGAUCGGUACGAAAAGCCUUUGCAAGACGUAUGGAAUUUCUGGCAAGACGCUCUGGACGCGUGCGCGAAAAGUAACGGAUCGAGCAUUCUAUACCGGUCUUGCGACGUGACCAGCGAGGAGUCCGUGCGGCAAGCCUUGGGAACGCUUCGGGAGGAGCUUCGACAUCCCAUCCGCGGGCUGUUGGCGUGUGUUGGUCAAUCUGACACGGGCCCGUCGAUUACCUACCCUCCCAAUGAUUUCCGCCGGCUACUCGAGAUCAAUGUCAUGGCAACGUUCAUCGCCGCCCAGGCGGUCGCGAGAGCCAUGCAGGGCGCCGAUCACAGCGGGAGCAUGGUCCUCAUAGCAUCCAUGAGUGGGCACGUCGUCAACCAAGGCGCCGACUCGAGCGCGUACAACUCGGCCAAGUCUGCCGUCCUGCAACUGGGUCGCAGUCUCGCCUCCGAAUGGGGUGCCAGACGCGACAUGCCCCUAAUUCGAGUCAACACCCUAAGCCCAGGCUACGUACGGACCGCGGCAACUGAAGACGCCCUCAAACACGACGACAUGGAAGCACGCUGGAAUGGCCAGAAUAUGCUCCAUCGACUCUGCUUCCCGGAUGAACUGCGAGGACCAAUCAUUUACCUGCUGUCUGACGCGAGUAGCUUUAUGACCGCCACUGAUCUGAGAAUCGACGGAGGUCAUUGUGCUUGGUGA